UGGAUAUUUUGAAGGCGGAAAUUCAUUAUCAUACUUUGAUCCUUCCGGGAAUCAGAUCCGUUUUGACGAAAAUUCAAAGGGUUCCAUAAAAGAAAAAGAGCGUAUUACAAUAACCAAUCCAGAAGCUCAAGAUGGAGAUGCUCGCCACCGUUGUCCCUACAGAAACUGUGAUUAUACAAUUAUCAAACGGACAACCAUGUAUAGACAUAUCCGAAAACAUCACGACAAUUCGUUUUAUUUCGGUACUGCUCUCUACGGAUCGCCGCUGUCAUUCUUUAGUCCAUCAGGAAAAACGUUACAUUUUAAUGAGGCGUCCAAAAAUUCAAUUGAUGAGGAUGAGCGUAUUACGAUAGCUGUAGGAGAGCGCAGAAAAAGUCAAACAAAGAAAAGACAUUCCGCUUCGAAGCAGCGACGAGCAAAGUCUCGAGUACGAUUACCAAUGGUUAUACCAGAGAUUGAUAAGGAUCCUUUUUCCAGAGACACUGAAGAUGAAGACCAAAACGUCGGGGAGGAAGCAACAGGACGUUCCUUGCGUUUGCUGACUGUUGCAAGCUUUGCAUCAGAGGAUAGAGUUGGAUUCCCGCGAGAAGGCCGAUAUUACUGUCCCUACGUAGACUGCCGAUAUUCAGAAGCCCGAGGAUACAUGGUUACAGGCCAUAUACGAAGAAUGCAUUUUCCAUUAUUCCCGCAGUUGAUGGGCAAGGUCAAAUAUAUCUUCAAGACUACUUCAGGACGUAUUAUAAGGCUCGAUGGAAACUCCCGGAACCUGUUGAAGGAAGGAGAAGAGUUUAUGACUGAAAAGUUUUAUGCAGAAGGGGACAUAAUUCGCUACUGUCCAUUUAAAGGCUGCACUACGACAUCAACGUACGUGACUCACAUCUAUUCCCAUCUUCGAGCCAAACAUGGGAUCAACCUCCCGAAGCUUACGGCAGGAUCAGCCGGACCAACUUUCAGAACGCCUUCUGGCCAGAUCUUGUUAUUCGAUGAAAACUCUUGUAAUAUACUGGACGAUGGCGAGGAUGUAAUCAUCGAGGGCCGCGUAGGAGGGAACGAUCCUGACACAGCGGAAAAGCCUUCUUUUUAUUGUCCGUAUAAAAGCUGCAAUGGUGCGAAUAAGUAUCGAGGUGGUUUGUAUCUGCACAUACGAAGACAACAUGAUAAGUCAUUCUUUGUAAACAGAAAUUAUCAGGGAAGGGAGCAGACAUUCACAACCCCCUCGGGCGAGGAGAUACAUUUUGAUGUGUGUCCCUAAAAGAACAAUCAAAAAACUCAAUUGACACAAAUGAAAGCAUCAAGAUUACUGCAAACGAUCAAGAUGGAAGGACCUGUUUCUACUGUCCGUAUAAAGACUGUAGCUUUUACACUAUCGCCAUCCGUUGUGCAGUGUAUGAGCACAUUCGAAAUCGACACGAUAAAUCUUUUGUAAUUGGAGCCAAGAACGCAUGCAAAA